GAGAGGUCUAAGGUCACUCUCGUCUGAAACUGUCUCUCAGCUUGUGUGUUUUCUGUAGCUGAUAUCUUCUCUUCUUUCAUUGUGCAUGCCAGCUUUUAAGUUAAACAUGCUGCAACAAGGCUAGCUAUGCACUAGAUUGAGACUUCAGGCUUAUUUGUUGUGGGAAAUUGAUUUCAUUAGACUGGUAAAAUGUUGAAGACAAGGUUUAGGAUUGCUUUACUGCUUCUUGUCUUGGCAUUCAGAUGUGUUGCACAGCAAGAAACCCAAAGUAAAGGCUGUGUCUGUGGAUAUCCUGGAAUACCAGGUGAUCCCGGGCACAAUGGCAUGCCUGGCAGAGAUGGCCGCGACGGACUCCGAGGUGACAAAGGUGAUCGAGGUGAACUUGGACCUACUGGGCUAGCAGGCAAUCAUGGGCACAAGGGAGACAAAGGGGAACCUGGUGCAACUGCUCCAGCAGGGCUCAAGGGGAAAAGAGGAGAUAAUGGAGAUAGGGGCCUUCCUGGGAAAAUGGGGCCGCAGGGAGUGCAAGGGCCUAUUGGCCUCAAAGGAAAUAAAGGAGAGCUUGGGCUGCCUGGGCCCCCAGGACCUGAAGGACAUUUAGGGCCACCCGGACCACAGGGUGAAAAGGGGGAAACUGGCCUCCGAGGUGACAGAGGCAUUCCAGGGCCAUUGGGACCACCUGGCAGGCCAGGUCCCAAAGGGGACAUGGGUUUUCCAGGUAACAAAGGAAACAUUGGUUAUCGUGGGGAUAGAGGAGCUCGAGGUGAAAAGGGCGAUAGAGGUGAAAAGGGAGAUGAAUUUGUUAUUUCCAAAAGCGCUUUCUCCGUAGGACUCACUACUCAAACUAAACUCCCAGCAGCUAAUGCACCGAUCCGGUUUGACAAGAUUAUUUACAAUGAGCAGAAUCAUUACGAUCCACAAACAGGGAGAUUCACUUGCUCCGCGGCAGGUGCUUACUUCUUCACGUACCACAUCACUGUAUUUUCCAGAAAUGUGAAAGUGGCCCUCGUGAAGAACGGUGCAAAAAUCAUCCACACCACUGACAACUACCAGGGCAGCGAGGACCAGGCAGCAGGGGGAGCCGUGCUGAAUCUGGGGGUCGGGGACAAGGUGUGGUUGCAGGUGGUUGGAGGAGAGACAUUUAAUGGGCUAUUUGCUGAUGAGGAUGAUGACACUACCUUCUCUGGGUUUUUGAUCUUUGAGGCUUAAUUAAGGGAUCAUUUAUAAUUACUAUGACUAGAAACAGUAAAACGCAGAAGAACAGUACAAGUCAGUAGGAUUCAACAUGUCAGCAAAUUCUAAUUAAAUGAAAUUCAAGUUAAGUAUUUAGCACAAACUAAAGGUGCUUUAUUCUGUAACAACAAUAGAGAGAAAACCCAACAAUAAGACAGCCUCUAUUAGCAAGCACUUGGCGACAGUGGGAAGGAAAAACUCAAUUUUAACAGGAAGAAACAUGCAUUUAAGUCUAAAAUGCCUGUUGCAGUGGUAAAAUGAAACUAAUUUAUUCAAGUACUGUAUAAAUGUGAAUUUUCAAUACAGUAUUUUAAUGCUGUUGUGUGACUCCUUCUCCACCGAGCUAACGACACACUUUUCUGUAUAAGGCAUUUACACUGCUCAUUAAAAUUUUACAUGUAAAGGAAGUGAGGUUGUUGUUGAGAUUGAACUGGUUGUUGUAGAUUAAACUACACAAGGAAGCUGGUUUAAAAUUCUUAAACAUUAACACGGAUGACAGUCACCCAGUAUUAUUGUGCUCUAUAACAGAUAUACCAAUCAAAAGAGGAUUUUUUUUACAUUCUUUGCUUCCUUAACAGCUUUUAUAGGAAACUUUGACACGUGUUUGAGUGCUUUUACACCAUCUACUGCUACUUUUAUUAAACAUCAUGAUUUUCCAAGCA